AUGACUCUUUGCCGCGAAGACUGUAUUCGGCAAAAGCUAGCGGAGAACAAAUCGCGACAAUGCCUGCUCGCCCUGUGCGAACUCUCUGAAUCCUGGCCUGUCAAAAUCUGGUUUGCGAAGGCAUUUGCCAAUCUGAUGAGUAGGCUAACUGGCAUCAAAGUGGGGUCCAUUGUCAGCGUGCCCUCAGGAAUUGUAGAUGACGCUGGCAGCAUGGGGUUCUCAGAGGAACCCCUUUCACUCCCUCGUCGCCGCUCACCCGCUGGUGCUACCAGUUGGGAUCUCAUUGCCUCGGAUUUCCUCCCCAGCUCGGAGCCAAGUAUGCGGUCGCCUCGCUUUCAAGGCUCACCUCUAACGGAGUUUCUCGUGUCAGGCUAUACUUCAUCGCCGGCCGAUCAGCUACUUGAUGGUCUACUCCCAUUUGGCCGUAUCGAUAGUACGUUCACUCCGGACAUGGCCUUAUGUAACAGCUUCGAGCCAACACUACCGGCAUUUGAUGGAGCUUCGACGGAAGAAGGGAACUCUCAAGGUAUCUGGACAGGAUAG